GCAGCAGCAAGAGCUCCAGCACUCAGAUGCAGAGCGCAGCAAAGAGAGCUCGGAUGCUGCGCGUAUAACGUUUAGGCGUCCGGGUACGGGAGCGGCUGCCUCCCGCCGAGGCUCGCCGGUGCGUACCUGCAUCCCUCGCUCCAACUCCUGCAUGCUUGCACCCCUGCAGCACUCCCGCUCAAGCCCUCUCGCUGCACCAGCCGCAGGUGCAGAGCGUGAUGCGGCUCUCGCUGCAAGGGCACGAAGCCACAUCGUGGUGUCCUCGGGCGCCCACAUCGGCUCUCUCGUGCCGAGGCGAGGCCAGGGCGUGCGGAUGCUGCGACUGAGGCGUCGCCUACAUAAGGGCACGCCUCGCCGACUCGAGCACCUGUCGCUGCAACCCACCGCCCUCCGACAGACUCUCAGCCAGCAUGCGCUACCUCUCCGCUCUCGUCCUCCUGCUGCCGCUCGUCGCCGCGCUGCCCUCGUCGCCGAUCGAGGCGCGCGGCGGCAAGCGCUGCAGCACGUCGCCGCAGUGCGGCAAAGCCUCGCUGUACUGCAAGCGCGGCACCUGCUCGCCCCGCCGCGAGCUCAACGGGCCUUGUUACAAGGACUUCGGGUGUCUCUCCUCUCGCUGCGUCAACAAGCGCUGCGUCAAGGCCGAGGCGCCCACGACGCCCGCGCUGCUGGCCCUCGGCGCCAAGUGCGCGACGAGCGUCUCCUGCGCAAGCGGCUACUGCGGCAAGGCGCGCUGUGCUGUGCCCCUGCCCGUUGGCAGCGAUUGCUACAAGGCAGUCGGGUGCACGUCGGGCGUGUGCACGUCCGGCAAGUGCGCUGCAGCCUCCACGACGCCCACCACCCCAACGACGCCGACGACGCCGACGACGCCGACGACGCCGACGACGCCGACUCGCGACCCCGUCAUCGUGCCGGGCAACCUGGCAGAGAAUCCUUCAUUCGAAGAUGGCACGCUGGAGCCCUUCACUACCAACGGCGCCGUGACGAUCGUCAAGGGCGGCGCAUACGACGGACAGUACGCUGCCCAGCUCAAGCCCACGGCCAACGCGCCGGCCGUCAUCGGACAGAGCCUCGGCGGCACCAAGAAGCGUGCCAUCAUCAGCGCCUACUACGCCUCCAUCAGCUACCUCGCCAGCGACGUCUUCAUUCCGCUCAGCGAGAAUGCCUGCUCCAUCACCGCGCUGAUCAACGGCCACACCCGCGGAUACGACGCCGAGCCUGUGUUCGUCACGACCGGCCAGACUGACUGGGUGCAGCACACCUUCUACGUGCCGUCCGACCAGGAGAUUACCUCCAUUGCCAUCGGCACGGCGUGCGACAAGACCGCCACUGCCACUAUCAAGAUCGACGGCGUUUCCUUCGUCCGGGCUGAGGGCCCAACAAACGGGGCAAACUGGGACCUUAGAGGCAACCUGCUCAGGAAUCCCGACUUUGACAAUGCGGGCAAGUCGUGGACGGUGUCUGGCGACGUCACCUUCGAUGACUCGGCCUUGACCAACGGAGUGGACCAGAGCAUUGGCGUCUACUCUCUCUUCAAGGCAGCGACGCCUGCCUCGGCGAGCGCACCGUCGAGCGCUUCCCUCACGCAAAUCUUCAACACGUUUGGCGCGGCCGGAUCCAUGAACGGCCGCUUCAUCCAGCACGUGGACGCCUUUGCAUCCUCGGUUCCGAACGCUGCCUGCAGGCUCAUCUACUCGCUGAACCACCAGGUUCUGACGACGAUCGGCAUCACGCAAGUGGAUGGCCCGUCCUACGACGGCCAGGAUUACUUCCGCGAGCACAACACGGACCCGAGCAUCACGUACACCACGCCCGGCCUUGGCUGGCCGGCCGAGAUGAAGCUCUCGUGCGACCCGGGUGCGUCGGCGACGGUGCGCGUCGACCGCAUGUCCGUCUUUGCCAGCGCCAAUUGAGGCAGCCAGGUACUACCAAGCAUCCUGCCCCUCACGCUGUUUUCGGCAGCAUGCCGUUCCUCUCAUGCAUCCCUGGGUCGCUCCCCUGCGCCGGCCUCUGUUCACCUAUGCGUCACCCUUCUCUCCAUCGUAACCAGCGUAUCGCGUGCCUUUCUGCAUGCACGCUUUCGCCCAUGCCUGCUGUGUCACGUGUGGCGACGCCGGGAGCGAAUUCAGCCGCAUUGAGCGCCACGCGGCGGACCCUGACGUGAGCGUGGGAGGCGUGUGCGUGGGCGCCAAGAGCCGCCGGCGCGGGCCAUGUUCCCAGGUGUUGGUGGCGCGCGCAUCUGGCCGAGCGUGCCUCGGGCAUCUGCGGGGCUUCCUGGUGGGCCCGAGUCGGGCGACUCGGGCCUGCUGGAUCCGAGGAGGCGCCGACGGCAGCAGGCGGGGG